CCCGCAUGGCUGCCGGCAGACUCGUGGGUCCUGGCUCCCGGUCGCGUCCCGCCAUGGCGCCGUGGAAGAAGAAGAGGCUGCGGAAACGCCGAACUGGGGCUUCCCAGGCCCGCGACAGCGAUUCGGAGGACGGCGAGUUCGAGAUCCAGGCUGAGGAUGACGCCCGGGCGCGGAAGCUGGGCCCUGGCAGAGCCUUGCCCUCAUUUCCUACCUCAGAGUGCGUAUCGGAUGUGGAGCCCGACACCCGGGAGAUGGUGCGAGCCCAGAACAAGAAGAAGAAGAAGUCUGGAGGCUUCCAGUCCAUGGGCUUGAGUUACCCUGUAUUCAAGGGGAUCAUGAAAAAGGGCUACAAGGUGCCAACGCCCAUCCAGAGAAAGACUAUCCCCGUGAUCUUGGACCGCAAGGACGUGGUGGCCAUGGCCCGGACGGGCAGCGGCAAGACGGCCUGCUUCCUCCUGCCGAUGUUUGAGCGGCUGAAGGCACACAGCGCACAGACGGGGGCUCGGGCCCUCAUCCUCUCACCCACCCGGGAGCUGGCCCUGCAGACCAUGAAGUUCACCAAGGAGCUGGGCAAGUUCACCGGCCUCAAGACCGCCCUGAUCCUGGGUGGAGACAAAAUGGAGGACCAGUUUGCAGCCCUGCACGAGAACCCUGACAUAAUCAUCGCCACCCCUGGGCGCCUUGUGCAUGUGGCUGUGGAGAUGAACUUAAAGCUUCAGAGUGUGGAGUAUGUGGUUUUCGACGAAGCAGACAGGCUCUUUGAGAUGGGCUUUGCCGAGCAGCUGCAGGAGAUCAUAGGCCGCCUGCCUGGAGGCCACCAGACGGUGCUGUUCUCAGCCACACUGCCCAAACUGCUGGUGGAAUUUGCACGGGCAGGCCUCACAGAGCCCGUGCUCAUCCGCCUGGACGUAGACGCCAAGCUCAAUGAGCAGCUCAAGACCUCCUUCCUCCUCGUGCGUGAGGACAGCAAGGCUGCUGUGCUCCUCUACCUGCUGCACAAUGUCGUUCGGCCCCAGGACCAGACCGUGGUGUUCGUAGCCACAAAGCACCAUGCGGAGUACCUCACAGAGCUGCUGACGGGCCAGGGUGUGAGCUGCGCCCACAUCUACAGUGCCUUGGACCAGACGGCCCGCAAGAUCAACUUGGCAAAGUUUACACACAACAAAUGCUCCACCCUCAUCGUGACUGACCUGGCCGCCCGGGGCCUGGAUAUCCCACUGCUGGACAACGUCAUCAACUACAGCUUCCCUGCCAAGGGCAAGCUCUUCCUGCACCGAGUGGGCCGUGUGGCCCGAGCAGGCCGAAGUGGCACAGCCUAUUCCUUGGUGGCCCCAGACGAGGUCCCCUACCUGCUUGACCUACACCUGUUCCUGGGCCGCUCUGUCACCCUAGCCCGGCCUCAUGAGGAGCCUUCAGGCGCGGCUGCCAGGGACGGAGUGCUGGGUCGGGUACCACAGAGUAUAGUGGAUGACGAGGACAGCAGCCUGCAGACCGCCAUGGAGGCAUCACUGGACCUUCAGUGCCUGCAGCGUGUGGCCAACAACUCUCAGCAGCAGUAUGUGCGCUCACGCCCGGCGCCCUCGCCUGAGUCCAUCAAGAGAGCGAAGGAACUGGACCUGGCUGAGCUGGGCUUGCACCCACUCUUCAGCUCGUGCUUUGAGGAGGGAGAGCUGCAGCGACUCAGGCUGGUGGACAGCAUCAAAAACUAUCGCGCGCGCACAACCAUCUUUGAGAUCAAUGCCUCCAGCAAGGACCCAAGCAGCCAGAUGAUGCGAGCCAAGCGGCAGAGGGACCGAAAAGCUAUUGCCAGCUUCCAGCAGGGGCGUCAGGAAAGGCAGGAAGGCCCGGCUGGCCCAGUCCCCCAGAAGGAGCUGCCUCAGAAGGAAGAGGAAGAGGAGGACAUGGUUGAGACUGUAGAGGGUGUCUUCACAGAGGUUGUGGGCCAGAAACGGUCAAGGCCAGGACCCAGCCAAGGAGCCAAGCGGCGGAGGAAGGAGGCCUGUCAGCGAGACCAGGAGUUUUACGUCCCCUACCGGCCCAAGGAUUUCGACAGUGAGCGGGGGCUGAGUGUCAGCGGGGCUGGGGGGGCCUUCGAGCAGCAGGUGGCUGGUGCUGUCCUCGACCUGAUGGGGGAUGAAGCGCAGAACAUGAGCCGGGGUCGGCAGCAGCUCAAGUGGGACCGGAAGAAGAAACGGUUUGUGGGGCAGUCAGGCCAAGAGGACAAGAAAAAGAUCAAGACAGAGAGUGGCCGGUAUAUCAGCAGCUCUUACAAGCGCGACCUCUACCAGAAGUGGAAGCAGAAGCAGAAAAUUGAUGACCGGGACUCCGAGGAAGAAGGGUCAUCCAACCAGCGAGGCCCUGGGCCCCGCAGAGGUGGAAAGCGAGGUCGUAGUCAAGGUGCAUCCCUUCCCCGAGCGUCCAGUGUACCCACAGGCCGCAUGCGGUCGGAACUCAAGACCAAGGAACAGAUCCUCAAGCAGCGCCGGCAAGCCCAGAAGCAGCGCUUCCUGCAGCGAGGGGGCCUGAAGCAGCUUUCAGCACGCAACCGCCGCCGAGCCCAGGAGCUGCGCCAGGGUGCCUUUGGCCGGGGUGCCCCCUCCAGGAAGGGCAAGAUGAGGAAAAGGAUGUAAAGAGCCAGACUUAGCCCUGGGGCUUCCCAGUAGCCCGAGUGUGGCCAUCAGGGACGUAUUUCCAUGUGCUGUUGGCAGAUCCGUCCACAAGAGGCAGUGUCUAUGGGGAGCAGUGCCGUAUAGCCACAGAAAGCGACAGCUGCUUUUGACUGGGACACUGGAUGAACACUUAAAGGAUGCAUAGGAGUCUAGCUACGCAGAGCAGGCAUGAGUUCAAGUCCUGAGCCUGCAAGUCAGCCGGGUUCAGAGAUCAGGGCCAUGUGGAUGCCCCUGACCCCGUAUUGGGUUUCAGUGUAAUAAACUUUACAUUGCGUCUAGUAGACCAGGAGUGUCUAGCUUCCUUAGGCUGUUGGAAGGUAUCUCAGACAUUGUCAAGGCUGAGACAGGUGGCCGCUGAGGUGAGGAAGAUGAGACUGGAUCCAGUCACCCGCCUGAGGUAGCUCAGGAUUGCUGCAGGGCGGAGGAAGGCUGUGGUGGCAUUGCCCUUCAGCACGUGGAAGAGAGAACCAGCCGGCACCAUCCUUCAGGGCCUCCAUUCUGCGGUGGCUUUCCCCACCUCUUGCUUGAGGAUGCGGGGAGGGGUAAGGGGGGGUCAAGCAUCCUCUAGCAGCUGGACCUCAGUGCAGGCCAGACACACACUGUUGGGCCCGAAGAGCAGAUGGUACCAACAAUCACCUGCUCCCCAGACCCAAUGUACAUAGCAAGUGGCCAUCUUGGAGUGCACCAGCCCAGUCUGAGCUUGUCCAAUGCCCCCAGCCAGCUGGGAGAGGCCUGUCCCCAGCCUGUUGUGGUGGAUGGAGUGACCAGCCCAGCUGUCAACCCCAUUGUCUACUUAAAACUGAGUUCAUACUGAGUGUCCUGUGGAAGGCUCCCCAUGGCGUGAGCCUUCUUGCCCAGGAGAAAGGAUAUUCAGAGAGCGGUUGUGUUGAGCCUGUACACCAACAAAUGUGGGACUUGGUCCUCAAGUCCCCUUCACUGUUCGCCUGGCUUAAGAGUAGGCGUGGGCUUAGCCUGGGGACAGUUGGCCAGUGUGGCUGAGGCGUUCAUGAUAAACAGCUUCACCUGGGGACAGGGAUGACAUGGGCAGAUUACAUCCUCUCCUCACCCCCACAAAGGGAGGUCCAGAGCAGGGGUGAGCCUGGAAACCCCACUGGAGGGGCACUGAAUCGUGUCUAGUCCAGCCUAUUAAAAGUUUCCUUUGUUGUGUUUAUUGGUAAAGUACAACUCAAACUUG